AUGAUUGAGGUAAUCAGGUGGAGAGGGGUGAAACAGGGUGCAGGAGCGGGGAGACCCUCCCUGGUGGGUGAGUCGAGCCGAUCCACUCAGCGGAGGGUCUUCACUCCUCCCCUGUCGGCCUUCACCGUCUACCAACGGCUGAUGGACAUCGCACAGCUAGUGGGCAGCAGCUCCAUGACCAAGAAGAUGGAUGUGAUCAAGGGAUUGUUGGUGGCCCGUCGGCUCUCCGAGGCUCGAUACCUCAUCCGCUCUUUAGGAGGUAAGUUACGGAUCGGUUUGGCUGAGCAGUCCGUCCUGUCUGCGCUGGCCCUGGCCGUCUGUCUGACCGACACCAGACAUGGGAGUGUGGACGGGAUGAGCGGGGAGAAACGCAAGGCCUGGAUUGAUGAGCAAACUCACACCCUCAAACAGACGUACUGUGAGCUGCCGGACUUCGGUGUGAUCAUUCCCCUAAUACUGGAGAAAGGAAUCGCUGAGUUACCCCAACACUGUCGCCUCACACCAGGGGGCAACCCCCCCCUGCCCCCCCGAUGCUAGCCCACCCCCACGCGGGGAGUGGGGGAGGUGAUGAGACGUUUCACUGGGGCCACCUUCAUCUGUGAAUACAAGUACGACGGAGAGAGAGCCCAGAUCCACGUGUUGGAGUCGGGCGACGUUCACAUCUACAGUCGCAACCAGGAGAACAACACGACAAAGUACCCCGACAUCAUCAGCAGGGUCAGCAAGGUGUGUAAGGCCCACGUUCGCUCCUGUGUGCUGGACACUGAGGCCGUGGCCUGGGACAGAGACAAGAGACAGAUUCAACCCUUCCAGGUCCUGACCACCCGCAAGAGGAAGGAUGUUGCUGCUGCUGACAUCACGGUGCAGGUUUGCGUUUAUGCCUUUGAUCUGCUCUACCUCAACGGAGAGUCCCUGGUGAAGGAACCUUUCUCCAGACGCCGCCAGUUAUUGCGAGAGUCGUUUGAGGAGAUUGAGGGAGAGUUUGUAUUUGCCGAGUCGAUGAUCGGGAAUAACACCGAGGAUAUUGCUGAGUUCCUCGAACAAUCCAUCAAAGACUCAUGUGAGGGUCUCAUGGUGAAGACUUUGGACGUUGAUGCAACCUAUGAGAUCGCCAAACGUUCCCACAACUGGCUGAAGCUGAAGAAGGACUACCUGGAUGGAGUUGGGGAUUCACUGGACCUGGUGGUUAUUGGAGGAUAUCACGGGCGGGGGAAGAGAACGGGCGUCUAUGGGGGAUUCCUGCUGGCUUGUUACCACCCCGACCUCGAGGAGUUCCACACUGUGUGUAAGAUUGGGACCGGAUUCAAAGACGAGGAACUCGGACAACAUGCCAACUUCUUCAAGGCCCACGUGUUAGACUGCCCGCGACCAUAUUACUGCUGGGACAGUUCGGCGGAGCCGGAUGUGUGGUUUGAUGCAGUUCAGGUGUGGGAGGUGAAGUGUGCCGAUCUCUCUGUCUCCCCCAUCUACAAAGCUGCUCUAGGGAUGGUGGAGGAGGGGAGGGGGAUCUCUCUCCGUUUCCCUCGGUUCCUGAGGGUCCGUGAGGACAAACAGCCGGAAGAGGCAACGUCCAGCUCGCAGAUUGCCGACCUCUAUCAGAAGCAACAACAGAUUCAGAACCAGCAGGUCCCAGUGUUGAGGGACGACUCGGACUGAGGAGAAAGAUUGGGAGGGGGUAACGGUCUCAAGUCUCUUUGGGUCUGUGUCGCUGUGUUUUAGGCGCAACAAUAAA